AUGAACUCUCAGUUGCACUCUCAACUAAACGAACAUUAUAGGGUUGAUUAUCAGGUCAAUCUUCAUCCGCCGCAAGAUGUGUCUUCUCGCCUGAGCCCUGCAAUUGAAGAAUACAUUCAAAACACAUUGGAGACGGCAAAUGAGCUUUUAAGCAUCCCAAUACUAUCACCAUCGCAGGGGGACGACUCGUAUCCACUUACCCACUACUUCGUCUCAUCCUCACACAAUACGUAUCUCUUAUCAAGACAGCUCGUAGGGCGGGCAUCUGCAGAAUCAUAUACUCAUGCUCUGUCUCGGGGAGCACACUGUGUGGAAAUAGAUGUAUGGCCAAGCUCAAGUCCAGAGGGCCUCGUCGUAACACAUGGAUAUACUUUCACCAAAGGCGUGUCUUUCCGAAAGGUCUGUGAAGCAAUCGGCGCGGGUGUAGAUAACCUUGGCCCCGAUGCGUGGCCGGUUCUGGUCAGUCUCGAAUGUCACGUCGGACCAAAAGGGCAACAAAUCAUGGUCGAUAUCCUCAAGAACGCCUGGGGUGAAAAACUCGUAGAGGGAAAAUUGACAGAUGACUCGGAGCAAGAGGUCAAAGUGUCACCUCGCGAAUUAAAAGGAAGGAUUAUAUUAAUGGUGGAAUAUUAUGCACCAAGCAACUUUGCUGAAGUCGAAGCUGAAGAAGAGCUUGAGGAGCUUGACCCUGACCAAGAGGAAGAAUCAACCACUUCCGACAGCAUCGUCGAAGGGGAAGAUCUACCGCAAGUCCUUGUUGGAGAGAUUGAACGAGGGAAAAUAUCAGACGAGCUUGCAGCCCUCGGCUACUAUGCACGCAGUUGGAAACCUACUAAGGGUUGGUUGCAACAAGAACUUAUCGAUCCUCGUCAUAUCCUCAUCAACAUCUCCGAAUCUAAAAUCCUUUCUCUAUUACCGACACAACUUGACCCUCUCAUCGAGCACGGCCGCCUACAUCUACGUCGCAUCUUCCCCAGAGGAACGCGUAUUCGAUCUAGUAACAUGGAUAUCUUGAAAUUGUGGCGAAAUGGAUCACACGUUGUGAGCUUGAAUUGGCAAACAUUCGAUACUCCGAUGCAGAUAAACGAGGCAAUGUUUGUCGGUAGCCCAGGAUGGGUGCUCAAACCUAAAGCCCAGAGGUUGCUGAAUCCAGAUUCGAGGAAAUUUGGGUUCAGUGCCGAGAUCGUUGGGAUCAGCUCUUUACUGCCAUCAAAAGACUACCAGGACAAAACUUACAAAGCGUAUGUCGAAGCAGAGUUAUUCCACGGUGUACAGGAUCAAAAUUGGAAGUCCAAGACUGUAACAACAACAGAAGAGGGAGACGCUGUGUGGAAUGAAGCACUAGAAUGGGAGUUUAAUCGUGAUGAGCUAGCCUUCCUUCGCCUUCGCGUUCGCGAAAAUCGUAGCUUCGAAAAGGAUCUAGAUUUGGCUGUGUUUUGUGCGCGCAUAGAUGACCUGCAGCAGGGAUGGGGUCUGGUACAUAUGUUCAACAUGGACGGAAAAGCAUCAGGUGCAACACUGCUUGUAAAAUUUGAAGUAACUGUCCAUGAUUGA